UCUAGAUCUAAAUCUAGAAAUCUAGAUCUGCUUCUAGAUUCUAGAUCUAGUUAAUCUAUUUACAAGUAAUUCAAGGAUUGGAUUGGACUCCAUGGCAAUCUUCAAGCUAUUAUGAUAUACUUCCUUAUAGAAAUGUGCUUUUCUCUGACCAUGAUUAUGAAGGAGGAGCUACAUAGAUCUAGAUCUAUAUUCUAUAUAAAAUAUAUAAUGUUAUAAUAUAGUAUUAAGCAUACUUAGACUGAAUUAAGUUAGAAUUAGAUCUAGUUUUACAAAGUAAUGAAAGAUAUGCCUGAUAUGGAGUUUGAAGCUUUUAGUGCUGAAACAAAUUAUGAUUAGACAUGACAUGUAACAUAAAAUAAGAGGACCUCUAAGGUACCAAAGCCAAGUUUAUUGAGAGAAGGAACAAUGGCAGCAAAACAAUUAAAUAUGGAAUUGUUUCCACUCAAAGAAAAUUCUCAGGUUCCAUCUUGCAUUCAUGGACCAGCAUUACUUUUUGAACGUUUAGAUCAAAGCACCAAAAAAGCAAGAAAGUUUUAUGCUUGCUCUGCAUUUAGAGACAGAAAAGAAUGCCCUUUCUUCCAGUGGGUAGAUGAAAAAAUUGAUCAUUCUUCACAGAGUUCUACAAAUAUAUCAUUUUCUCAUAGAUUACUGCGGAAAAGAUAUAUUGAAUUCAAGAAACAACCUAGAAAUAAUCGACAUCUUUGUUGCACCUGUGGGCUCUUGUUGUUGGAAGAUGAAGUUGCUAAGCAUCAGCAGGAAGGACAUUCUUUAAAACAACGAAUAGGACUUAAAGAACUUAAAAGUCCUUCUUUUCUUUUCACUCCGCUUGAUAAUAAUAAAACAUUUGCACAAUAUUUGUUUUCAAAAUCAACUGUUGACUUUUUGUUAAAAACAUUGGAAUAUCUUGAAUUUACACAUAUUUUAUGUGUAGGAACACCAAGAAUACAUGAAGCUAUACAAAAUCUUAAAAAGUCAGAGCAUAAAAUCUUUUCUUCAAUGCUACUUGAUUUAGAUGAGCGCUAUGCUCAGUUUUACCCUCCAGCACUGUUCACCAAAUAUAACAUGUUCAACCAUCAUUUCUUUGCUCCUGAAGGCAGAGAGAAAGUCUCUGAAUUUCUCAAAGAGGGCAAAGAUCAUGUUAUCAUGGUCACUGACCCACCUUUUGGUGGCAUGGUAGAAGCUCUGGCUUCAUCUUUUACUAAACUGUCCUCCAUGUGGAAAGAACAAGCAGAUGAUGGAAUUAAAACUCACAAGGGAGGUGGACUGUUACCCACAAUUUUAUUUUUUCCCUAUUUUAUGGAGAAAAGGAUUUUAGAAGAACUUCCAUCACUUGCCAUGCUGGAUUACAAGGUAGACUAUGAUAACCACAAUCUGUUUAAUGGACAGAACAAAAAGAAAGGUUCCCCAGUCAGAAUUUUUACAAAUAUUUCACAAGUCUUGUUUAGCUUACCUCUACAGGAUGGCUAUUGGUUCUGUGAACCUUGUCAGAGGUUCUCAUCACACGAGAACUGGCAUUGUAAAGAUUGUGGUGCUUGUACAUCUAAAGACGGUACUAAGUAUGUGCACUGUGAUGCAUGCCUCAGGUGUGUUAAACCUUCUCGUGUCCAUUGCUUCAAGUGUGGCACUUGUCAGCUUAUUGACCAUGAGUGUGGGAGGAAAACUGCAGCAGGUUGUCAUUUAUGUGGUGAGCUUGAUCAUAAGAGAAGAGAUUGUCCACACAGAACUGAUAACUAUGGGGAAGAAAUUUUAGUCAACAACAGGAUCCGAAAAAGAAAGAAAAUAUUUUCUCCCACCAUCUCAGGGAAGAGGCACCGAAUGAAAUAAGGAGCUGGGUAUCGCUAUGGCAUGUUUACCAUUUAGUGGGACAUGUUUUCAAGCUGGUCUAGACAACUGGUACAAUCAAACCAGCUGAUCUCUCUUUUGUGUGUUUGACUUCCUGCUAUACAUGGUUGAAUGAUUUUCUAGCUGAUAGAGAACUUGAUGUUUUUAUCUUGGUACUUGUGAAUGAAAUAAGAACUGAGUUGGCGACACUGAAAUAAGAAGCACUUAGUUGGCGACACAUUAUACAUGUUGCCACUGAAUAAUAAAAAAUUUAACUACAAAUGAACAAAUGGUGUUGAUUAAACAGUUUUUAUAAAUGUCAUUGACUCAGUAUAUGUCAAUGUUAAAAUUAUUUAGAAUAAAAUCCAUGUAGCCACAGAUUGGUUGACAUUAUGCUGAAAUUUUUGUUUACUAGUUGUAUACAUUGCAUUGCAUGUGUAAAAAUAUGUCUUAUAGGGUAUUUAAAGAUUUAUGUGUAAAAAUAUGUCUUAUAGGGUAUUUAAAGAUUUAUGUGUAAAAUGUGUAGUAGGCUAUUUAAAGAUCUCUGUGUAUGUUUCUUAAAGUAAUUUCUUUACAAACCUUGCAAUAAAGAUUGUAAUAAUUUUUGUGACAAUAAAUAAUUUAAAGUA